AUGGCAGGGCGCGGUCCGCUUCCGUUCCUCAGGGCUCCGAGAACUGCCCUCUGCUCCGUUCAGCUGCCGAGCAUGAAGAGCAUCCAGCACGACGUUAAGCACAUGUUUGACUUCAUCCCCGACGGUCUUCGAACUCCCAUCGUCAACGCCUGGGCCGCCACCCUCGCAGGUCUGGCUGCCUACCUGGUCGCGACCCCCAUCGAGGCGCUCAAGACCGGGCUGCAGACAUGGCCGGGGAGCACGUGGGUGGGAGUGGCGCAGAGGAUCGUGGAAAGGAGAGGGCCGGCAGGGUUCCUGUACGGGCUGGACGCGAUGUGGUGGGCGGGGGUCCCGUACUCGAUCGUCAUGUACUCCAUCUAUCAGCCCAUCAAGAACAGAGUCAACGAGUUGCUGGGAGGGAAGCAACCCAUGGUGGGACAGACGAUGGGAGCUGCCAUAGCUGAGAUCAUCGGACUCACCGUCUUCAUCCCCGGGGAGCUGGUCCGCAUGAGGAUGAUGAACAACCCCGGGUUGUACGCGUCGUUCCUGCAAGGGCUGCCGGACUUGACAAAGAACGGGUUCGGAGGGAUGUACAGGGGCUUCAAGGUCACGAUGAUCCGGGAUGUGCCGUACACAGCCUUGCAGUUCGUCUUGUUCGAGAACAUCCGGCAGUGGUGCAUGCGCCAGUCGCCAGACGAUGUUACGAGUUAUGCUCUAGAUGAUGGAGGCGAUGGUUCCGUCACGUUCUUGGAGAGCUUGGGAGUUGGAAUCGUUUCUGCCAUCUUUGCAUCGACUUUCACGAUUCCGCUCGACGUCCUCAAGUCAAACAUCAUGACAUCCUCGGGCUCUGCCUCUCUCCGCAAGAUGUCAACGACCCUCAUCAAGAACGGAGGGCUGUCGAGCAUGUUCAAGGGGUUCCUCCCCUACACAGUCAUCAACGGCGCUAAGUGGAGCUCGUCCAUGGCAGUUUACAGCACCACGAGAGACUUCUACGGCCUGAAGAGCACGGGAGGUGCCCACUGA